AUGCGCUCAGAAGAGGCGAAGGCUUCGAUAUCUCAGGUUCCCUCUUACACUGUCAGAAAACCUCUGGCGCCAGCUGUCCCAGCUGCCAGCCUCCAAGUUCAAAUUGAAGGCGGGAGUGCGAGCGUUGGUUCUUGUGGCGGUGCUCAGAAGAAGGCGAUUUGGGUUCUGGGGGAUCCGCGACCCUCGUUGGCUUUCUUGGUGAACAAAAUGGCGUUUCUCUAUGAGAAUGAAGGGACCACUAGGACUUUGCUUCAUCAGGUGCUAGAGAUGCAUCCUUUAAGUUCACCCAUCUCAACUAAUAAUAGGUCAAGGAGCUGUACAGAAAGCCUAUUUGCCUCUUCAGACACCACACUGAGGAAGCGGAAAAAGACUGCACCUGUUCAGCCAAAGGACACUGGAGGUACUGAUCAGCACUUUGUUGAGCACUAUGACCUCUUGGAAAAAGGCACACCCAGGAUUCUUCUGAAGAAAAUCCUACAGACUGCUUCAGAAGACUCUGUCCUGGUACCAGUGCUGAUGAAUUCACAGGAGCCAGUACCUGUUGAGUUACAGGAGGAAAGCAAGUGGAACAGCUUGGAGUUGCAGCUUCCUGAGCCAGAGCCCUCUGCCAGUUUAGCUCCAGAGCUACUGAUUCAUAGUAGGAGAAAGCGUUGCCUUAGAGUGUCUGAGUUUGAACAGGAAGUGGAUCAAGGACUUGCUGUUUCUUCAGAUCUCACUGGGGAGAAGAGAGCUUCAGCCAACAAGUCCUCCAUGAGCAGGUCCUUUAAUCUGACCUUGGCCACAGUUAUUCCUCCUGAAUCUGUAGAGAGGCCUGGCUUGGCCAGAAGGCCACAGAUCCGUAAGAAAGUUGACAUGGAGGCGUUUGAACACGGACUGAAGGACAUCCCAUUGACUCUUCUCUCAGAUCGUUGUUCUAAUCACAGCACCACGCCUGUGGAUGGGGCUAGAUCCUUCCAGUCAAGUCCUUACUCCUUGCGCUUCAGGAAAAGCUUGACCAAGGACCAGCAGCCGAGGGCCACAACAUAUCAGGCUAAUCAAAGAAAGAAGGGUAUUGGUCCUAGGAGAGCAAUCAAGUCUUGGCCAAAAAGCCCCCUACAAAACCAACCCCCCUCUGCCAACUCCAUGUCUAUUAGAAGACAAGCCAGACCUUGGACAGGAAGGCCAAGUCAAAACAGCUAUCUCUCUGCCUAUUCUGUGCUUGCUACAAGCAACAUCUCCAGGGAAGCUGUAGCAAAGUCUGAUGUGGUGUAUCAAGGAGAAGAGGAAGAAGAGAGAUUGAUGGUGGAUCAAGCAGAAGAGUCUGAAGAGGACACAGAAACCCCCCAAAGGGCUGUGGUCUCAGAACUUAGCAUGAAGACACCAGAAUUUCUCCAGGCCAAACGACAUCGUUCCUUUUCACAGCCUGCCUCCCUGGCACCUCCUAAUAUUGUCCUGUUGCCCUCCAAGCUUACCCAGGCCAAAUGUGCUCCCAAGCGCUGUGCCACAGGUCCUAGGCAACCCCGUGAUCCAGACAAGGCUAGCUUGGACCAUUACUGUAAAGUCUUCAGCUACUAUGCCAAAAUGCCUGUAGAGAAGUCAGCCUCCAAGACUCUGGUGAAGUGUCUGGACCAGUACUUCAGGACACUGUGUGAUGACCUAGAGACCUUUGCUCACCAUGCAGGACGAAAAACUGUGCUGUUGGAUGACUUGGAGCUGUUGAUGAGGCGGCAGGGUCUGGUGACUGAUGAAGUUUCCCUUUAUGUACUUGUGGAGAGACACCUGCCCUUGGAGUACCGGAGGUUGCUCAUUCCUUGUGCAGCCAGUGGCAAUUCUGUCUUCCCUGCUGGGUGAUCCUGGCUAUAGGGAGUGUACUCUGGCCUUUACUCCAUCAUCCUCCCCGCAUGUGAUGUGUCCCCUAAGAAGCCGAGUUGCUGUGAGGGUGGGGACCGUCAUUUCAGGAUGUAGGCCAUGACCCAUAGGAAGAAGCUGCUUGUUGGAUUGUUGCCCUGAACCAUGAUUCAGA